UCCGUCACGUGGACAGUAGCCGGCCAAUCCGGUUUGAAUCUCUUUUUUUUCCUCUCACCCCCCCUUCAGGAGCGGUUGUGCGAUCAGAUCGAUCUAAGAUGGCGACUGUGGAACCGGAAACCACCCCUACUCCUAAUCCCCCGCCUACAGAAGAAGAGAAAACAGAAUCUAAUCAGGAGGUUGCUAACCCAGAACACUAUAUUAAACAUCCUUUACAGAACAGAUGGGCACUCUGGUUUUUUAAAAAUGAUAAAAGCAAAACUUGGCAAGCAAACCUUCGGCUGAUCUCUAAGUUUGAUACUGUUGAAGACUUUUGGGCUCUGUACAACCACAUCCAGUUGUCUAGUAAUUUAAUGCCAGGCUGUGACUACUCACUUUUUAAGGAUGGUAUUGAACCUAUGUGGGAAGAUGAGAAAAACAAACGAGGAGGACGAUGGCUAAUUACAUUGAACAAGCAGCAGAGACGAAGUGACCUGGAUCGCUUUUGGCUAGAGACACUGCUGUGCCUUAUUGGAGAAUCUUUUGAUGACUACAGUGAUGAUGUAUGUGGAGCUGUUGUUAAUGUUAGAACUAAAGGUGAUAAGAUAGCAAUAUGGACUACUGAAUGUGAAAACAGAGAGGCUGUUACACAUAUAGGGAGGGUAUACAAGGAAAGGUUAGGACUUCCUCCAAAGAUAGUGAUUGGUUAUCAGUCCCAUGCAGACACAGCUACUAAGAGCGGCUCCACCACUAAAAAUAGGUUUGUUGUUUAAGAAGACACCUUCUGAGUAUUCUCAUAGGAGACUGCGUCAAGCAAUCGAGAUUUGGGAGCUGAACCAAAGCCUCUUCAAAAGCAGAGUGGACUGCAUUUAAAUUUGAUUUCCAUCUAAAUGUUGCUAAGAUAUAAGAGAAGUCUCAUUCGCCUUUGUCUUGUACUUCUGUGUUCAUGGUUUUUUUUUUUUUUUAAUUUUGGCUAGAGUGUCCACUAUCCCAAUCAAAGAAUUACAGUACACAUCAUCCCCAGAAUCCAUAAAUGUGUUCCUGGCCCACUCUGUAAUAGCUUAGUAGAAUUACCAUUACAAACACAUCUUACCCAUCCACAAUAUUCAAAAAAGAACUUGCAUUUCUAUACCU